AUGGCGCGCCUGGAUGCAGCUGCUCAGCACAAGCGCACGAUGGCGAUUCUCCCGGGACCACCGCCAGUCCAGCCUCUCCGGCGCCCCAAUGCAGUCCUGGGAGACAUUACCAACACAGGCCCAGGCUUUGGAAUGAAAGUUGACAAAACGAUGUUCGCGGGCAACGUUGUGCCGACACAGCCAGCACUCGGCCCUGGCAACAUGACGGUGGCCUGGGUGAGAGAAAACUCGCGCUUUGUCAUUCCAGUGUCUGGCGACCACAUGGAUGUUGUUAUGGAGGAAGAUGAGGACCCCCAGCAGGUGUCUGAGUACUCCAAGGACAUCUUUGACCACAUGUUCUCUACGGAGCGAUCCUUCCAACCCAGGUGCCACUAUCUAGCUGACCAGCGAGAGAUCAACACUAAGAUGAGGGCAAUCCUUGUCGAUUGGCUGGUCGAGGUUCACAUGAAGUACAGGCUGAAGCCAGUAACUCUCUUCAUGGCGGUGAACAUCAUCGACAGAUACCUGUCCAUGAGGCAAGUGCCACGAAAGAAGCUUCAACUUUGUGGUGUGACCGCCCUCCUGAUUGCCUCGAAGUUUGAGGAGAUCUACCCACCAGAGGUGAAGGAUUUCGUGUACAUUACGGACAAUGCGUACACGAAGGACGAUAUCCUGAAAAUGGAGGCAUCGAUCCUCUCCACCUUAAACUUCGAACUCUGCAGUCCCACGCCAGCGCACUUUCUUGAUCGCUACCAGCGAGCAAGCAAGUGUAGCGAGGAGCAUGCGCAUUUGAUGCAAUACCUCACUGAGCUGUGCCUGUUGGAAGUUCACAUGAUUCAAUACACGCCGUCGCUUGUUGCAGCCGCAGCGGCGCUGCUGAGCAACAAGCUGCUGCGUCAGCAUCCAGCAUGGCCGUCGUGCAUUGCGCAGAUCACCGUACACACAGAGGCAGAGGUGAAGGCAUGUGCUCGAGAGAUGUGUGGGCUCCUGGACGCAGCGGAAAUGAGCACAUUGCAAGCCAUCCGCAAGAAGUACUCGCAAGACAAAUUCAGCAAGAUUGCGACCACCAACAGGAGGUUCUGGACAUAG